UACUAAUGCAUCUUAAGUUGAACAAACAAAAAAUUGUUUUAAUGUCAUUCUUAGUGUGAACGCACAUUGCUAUUAUCGCCUUAUAUGGUACUGCUAUAGAGGGUGAAUAAUAUAUACCACCAAAAAGACAUACUCACAACAGGAAGCACCGCUCCCAUUGACUCAUGCAUCCUUUCUCCUCUCCCCUAUUUUCUUCUUAACUAGUUCCCUCCAAUGCCCUGUAUUCGCCGGAAAGUUUUGAACAGUACAGCUUUUCAUUUCUCUUGCAUAUAUAUAGCCUAUUGAAAUUGAGCAUAAUAUAAUUGUUGUAUAUAUAUAUUAUAUUGUAUGUAAAGAUGAAAGAAAUUGUAUCAAAAUCAUCUUUCACAAUAUCCAAAUGCAUCUUUUUCGGUAUCCUCAUAUCAAUACCUCUCCUCCUUUUUCUCUCUCAUCGGAAUUCUUUCUCCGCCCUCAUCUCCACCACCACCACCACAAUAUCAAACUCCGAUUCGGAUCUCAAAAUUCGACCUGGAUACGCUACCUACGAUUCCUACAUCCAGAAACAGCUCAACAAGACCCUCAAUCCGAAACUACGAAAAAUAUGGACAACCCGUGACUGGGACCGGAAAAUUCAAGUUUUCUCAAAAUUCUUCGGCCAGCUUAAAACUAGGAGUCUUCUUUCAGAUUCAUCGAAAGUGCUCUGCAUUGGUGCCCGCAUGGGUCAGGAAGUUGAAGCGCUGAAGCGGGUCGGAGUAUCCGAUUCGAUCGGAAUGGAUCUUGUACCGUACCCGCCGUUGGUAGUGAAGGGCGAUUUUCAUAAUCAGCCGUUUGAAGAUGAGACGUUUGAUUUGGAAUUUUCUAAUGUUUUUGACCACGCGCUUUAUCCGGAGAAAUAUGUGUCGGAGAUCGAACGGACGUUGAAGGCCGGAGGGUUUUGUGUUUUGCACGUGGCGUUAUCUAGACGGGCUGAUAAGUAUUCGGCGAACGAUUUGUACAGUGUUGAGCCGUUGAAGAAACUGUUUAAGCGGUCCGAGUUGGUUCAUACUCGAACCAUUGAUGGAUUCGGUUUGGAUACCGAAGUUGUUUUCACGAAAAAGAGUUGAUCGAACCGGUUCGGGUAUUUUUUUUUUUUCUUCUUCUUUCUUUCCAGGUUGGAGUAAUGCUGGACAUUAAAUUCUUUUUGGACUUUAGUUAGUAGUUGUAGGACAAUAUAACUUUUAUUCUUUGAAGAACAAGUUGGGUAUCCUUUUUGACUUUUUGGUUAUUGCUAUGUUUCUUUAUCAUUAUUA